AUGAAGCUCGUUCCGCUGUACGCCAUCGUCAAUCCACCGAGCGCCGGUCUCAGCCUGAUCAACGCACCUGCCGCAUUGGGCAAAGCCUCUCCCGCGUUUUUGCUAACACUCGGGAAGACACGGCGCGGUAAAACUGAACGAAUGGUAGCCUGCGGAGCAUCGCACGGCAUCUCGUCUCAGCAUCUCAACAUUUCAUCAUCAUCGGAGGAACGGAUCGACCGAGGCUUUUACGAACACCCCGGACUCGUGCUGCAACGACCUCGAUUUUCGUUCUCUACCCUGUACACUCUUUCAGGAUCGAUUCUUGCUGCUGUUACGAAGAACUCUGGACGGCUGCAGGACAACGUCGCCGGAACCAUGACUCUAUUGGUAUAA